CGCCGCCGGGAGCGCGCCUGCCCGCGGAGCGUGUCCGCGGCGGGCGGCGGCGGCGGGCGGAGCGGGGCGGCCAUGGCGAAGCACACCGUGUCCUCGGCGCGGUUCCGCCGCGUCGAUGUCGACGAGUACGACGAGAACAAAUUCGUGGAUGAGGAGGAUGGAGGCGACGGGCAAGCGGGGCCCGAUGAGGGCGAGGUGGAUUCGUGCCUGCGGCAAGGGAACAUGAUGGCUGCACUACAGGCGGCUCUGAAGAACCCUCCCAUCAACACAAAGAACCAGGCAGUGAAGGACCGUGCAGAAAGCAUUGUCCUGAAGGUCCUCAUCUCCUUCAAAGCCAACGACAUUGAGAAGGCAGUGCAGUCACUGGACAAGAACGGGGUUGACCUGCUGAUGAAGUACAUCUACAAAGGCUUUGAGAGCCCCUCUGAUAACAGCAGCGCCGUGCUGCUGCAGUGGCACGAGAAGGCACUGGCUGCUGGCGGAGUGGGGUCCAUCGUGCGCGUUCUGACUGCCAGGAAGACGGUUUAAAUCCAGCAGCGAGCAGCUGCCUGCCCCCCAGGGCCUGGGAAGUGCUGGUGCAACCCCCCAACCACCCAAUGCCGUUGGCACCCCCCGGGCAGUGCCUGUCUCUCAGCUUGCCUUCUCGCUGCAGCUUUCGUACCCGACCAGUAACGCAUAUCGUGAUCUCUCUCUGUUGUGUGUUUGGUUCAAGUCUGGAAAACGAUGAAGGUGCAAUUUUGUUUCUAACAGGAAUAUUUGGUACUGGCAAACAUUUCAGUGACAGCGUCCAGCGACGUACACAGCUUUGUCUUUAGGGUGAUUGGCAGUUCUGUGUCAUUGUGGCCGAUUUCAACCUGACUUCCCAAGCAAGUGCUGUUGGACUGAGGGCAAUGUCUUAAUUCUCUCUGCUAGCCAAGCAGUGUUUUGCCCUAAGAUCUACAUUUGAGAAGUGAGGCAGCUAUUAAUAUAGGUAAUGGGACCACGCUUCCUUUGGUCAACCUCUGAACCUACAGCCUUGAACAGGACAGCAAGCAAAAACUCCUUUUUGACCCCAAUUAUCAUUCCAGAGAGCUGAGUAUUUUCCUUACCCUCGCAUUUCACAGCCUGCUCAGGUGUUCCUUGUGAUCAGUCAGGUGCCAGGUCCGCAGCAGGGAGGUCAUAAAGUUGUCCAUCAUGCAGUUGGAACUUUAGAAGGCUGAUGGUCCAUUUAUGCUGGAGCCCAGCCCUGUGGGAGCAAAGAUGCUGAAAAGAAAGAUAAGCAGCUUUCACACAGCAAAUCCCCUUUCAGCAACUUGAAAGGGCCUUGAGUUUUGUCAAGCACAAUGAAGUGGCUGCUUGGGGCAGUCUGAGAAACACUUGCUGGUGUCCAAUCUAGCCUUGCAGAGCUCCCCUGUUUUGUUUCCUAGUGUCUUAAGGGACACCAGAGACUUCACUUUCCUGUUGGGCUGGGCCACAGUGUGCUAGCCAGUGAGCAAAUCAGGUUCCAAACUACAGAGGAGUACCUCACAAAGAGUUGAGAAAGACCAGGACAUCCCAGACAUCAGAUCACUGUUGAUGGUUUAGGGCCAGGACUGAAACACAUCUUUUCCAUUCACCAUUUUACUGCAAGGGAACUUGUGAACUCUUUGCUGUUUUUUGAUACUUGCCUUUUGUUGGUUUGGUUUUGUAAAAAUAACAAAGCCCAGACAAUAAAUCGUCGCUGAAUAUUU